CGCUGAUGUUUGUAGAAGCCAGCACAGACUGAAGCAACUGAACAGUUUUCUAUUGUCUUAAGUGAACGAAAAGCGAAUUCGUUCGAUAUUCCUUAAUACACAUAUAAAGGAUGAGCUGCUGACACUCUGCAAGAAAAGGAACAAACGGCUUCAACAUGUCGGCUGACGAGGAGUUAAAACUGGACAUGAGCAACGAAACCAACCUGGUCCGACCCAAGGUGGAGUUCUUCUCCUUACUGAAACACGCCGGUGCCACGAAAGACGUGUUCACCAUGAAGGAGGUGAUGUUCUACCUGGGCCAGUACAUCAUGCAGAAGCAGCUGUACGACCAGAAGCAGCAGCACAUCGUGCACUGCGCCCAGGACGCUUUGGGUCGGGUCCUGGGACUCGACAGCUUCUCCGUCAAAGAGCCUCGAAUUCUGUUUGCGAUGGUCACCAAGAACCUCGUGGCUGUGAAGAAUCAAGAUCCAACGAUCAACACAAGUGAAGGACGCAGUCCACAGGUGGACAGAGGGACAGAGGUGGACAGAGGGACAGAGGUGGACAGAGGGACAGAGGUGGACAGAGGGACAGAGGCCACAAACACAGAGUCUUCACCUCCAGACAGGAGGAGGCGAAGGAGGAGCAGCAGCAGGAGUAAUGACCCUGGUCCCUCCCACAGCGCGGAGGUGGAUGACGAGGACAACUUGGAGGAGGAAGAGAGGAAGAGGAGGAGGUCUGACAGCUACUCGCUGACGUUUGACGACAGCCUGUCGUGGUGCGUGAUUGGUGGACUGGGGAGUGGGCGGGACAGAACGAGCAGCCAGUCGGACGCGCACAGCAUGUCUGGUAGGUCAGAGGUCACAGCACCUUCAGACUUGGACAGCGACAACUUCAGCGUAGAGUUCGAGGUGGAAUCCAUCGAUUCUGACGAUUAUAACGAAGACAAUUCUUCUCUGUCUGCUGACGACCAGGUGUAUGAGGUCACCGUCUACGAGGAGGAGGAGGAGGACGACACAGAAAUAACAGCAGCUGACUUCUGGUGCUGUGAGAAGUGCAACGAGUUGAACCCGCCUCUACCUAGAAACUGUCAGCGCUGUUGGACUCUCCGUCAGGAUUGGCUGCGGGACGCGUCAGUCAACACUUCCAAUGCUAAGGCCACACCCACAAAACCAACUGACCAAUCGGCUGCCAAAGAAACUCCAGGUUCUGAAGUGGAGGACAACGACGGAGUCGACGUUCCAGAUGGAAAAAGAGCCAAAAGUCCACCCGCCUCCCAGGAGGACCUCGUUUCCUCACAGCCCUCCUCCUCUCAGGAGAAACUCUUCAGCUCUGACUCCCAGCCUUCGACCUCCUACUCCUCGUACGACUCCCAGGAGCUGGUGCCGCCUGAGCUGGAGCGCAGCGUGUCGACCGAGUCCCGGCUGCCGGACUCGUGCCUGGACCCCUGCCUCAUCUGUCAGUCCCGGCCGAAGAACGGCUGCAUCGUCCACGGGAACACGGGACACCUGAUGGCCUGCUACGUGUGCGCCCGCAAGCUGAAGAGGAGGAACAAGAUGUGUCCCGUGUGCAGGAUGCCCAUCCAGCAGGUGGUCCUCACCUACCUCUGCUGAGGCGCUGCUGAGGCGCUGCUGAGGCGCUGCUGAGGCGCCGCUGAGGCCUCGGCCUCACCUACCUCACGGGGGGGGGGGGGGGGUGUUUGAAGUUCUUUAAUCUGGAGGAUUGUUUGUUUGGAGCCAGGAUCAGUUUUAAAAUGUACUUCCAUCUUGAACACAACUCGUAUGUUAUCUUUGUUUAUGGGUUUGGAUCGUGAAGCUUUAAAUCUUAUAAACUCUUACGGUGUGCAAUCCAAGCUUCUUUUUUUUAAAUGAGAAAUUAGUUUUGUUAAUUAUUUACUGGUAAUGAAUGUAUUCGGAUGCUUGUAAGUUUUUAUUUUUUACAUGACUAGCGUCACUUUUUCUCCAGACAAGUUUCACAGAAGUUAAUUAUUAAAAUUAAAACUGCAUCUUAUUUAAUAUUUUGUCAGAUUGUUAAAUAACAUGUUUAUUGAGAUUUGUGAUGUUUCAUAUCAUUUUGUGUGAAAAUUAAACGUGUUGAAACUGAAGAUAAAUGUGGUUUUCAGAGGGUUUGGAACUACAGUUCCCACAAUGCUUCACAGCAUUAAUAGGAAAUGGUGUUUCUUCUUAUGAUGAAAUCAGCAAAACUUUGGUCAAUAAUCCAACAAUGUUGAGACCCGACUCCACGUUGUUGGAUUAUUGAGCAUGGACUUUGGCUAAAAAUGUUUAUGGCAUUUGUAACUUGAAUAUUUUGAAACGAGAAAAGUAAAAUAGGGGCGACUGAGCUGCAGGAAAUAAAAAUAAAAGUGGAGUUUUAAAUGAAGGGCGAUGUGGGGAGCCACAGAGAACUAAUUUAAAGAGCUUCAUCAAUGACAUCAUUCAGGCUUUAAGGAAAAGGAAACUGGUUUUGCUCACCUGUUCAUGUUAGCAAAAUAUCAAACCAGUGACUGGCUUUAUUGAAACUCCUUUAACGCACGAGUCAGCCCAGUUCAAGAUGGCAGCCACAGCUAGUCGACCUGAGGAAACUCAAAUCGCCACAACUCGGUCGGUUUCACAGAUUUUGAGCCAAAACUCGGUGAGGUAGCUGAGAGUCAUCCC